AUGGAUGGGACCAAUGAGAGCACCCAGGGAAAUUUCAUCCUUUUGAGGUUUUCUGACCGCCCCCAUCUGGAGAGGAUCCUCUUUGUGGUCAUCUUGAUUGCAUAUCUCCUGACCCUUGUGGGCAACACCACCAUCAUCCUGGUGUCCCGCCUGGACCCCCACCUCCACACUCCCAUGUACUUCUUCCUCACCCACCUAUCCCUCCUGGACCUCAGUUUCACCAGCAGCUCCAUCCCUCAGCUGCUCUAUAACCUGAAUGGGCGUGACAAGACCAUCAGCUACACAGGCUGUGCCAUCCAGCUCUUCCUAUUUCUGGGUCUGGGAGGUGCAGAAUGCUUGCUCCUGGCUGUCAUGGCGUAUGACUGGUUUGUUGCAGUCUGCAAACCCCUCCACUAUGUGGUGAUCAUGAAUCCACGCCUCUGCAUGGGCUUGGUGUCAGUGGCCUGGGGCCGUGGGGUAGCCAACUCCCUGGCCAUGUCCCCAGUAACCCUGCACUUACCCCACUGUGGGCACCGCAGAGUGGACCACUUCCUGUGUGAAAUGCCUGUCCUGAUCCGGAUGGCCUGUGUCAAUACAGCUGCCAUCGAGGGCACUGUCUUUGUCCUGGCAGUUGGCAUUGUGUUGUCACCUCUGGUGUUCAUCCUGGUGUCCUACAGUUACAUCUCAGGGAGGCACAAAGCCUUCAACACCUGUGGCUCCCAUCUCACAGUGGUCUCCCUUUUCUAUGGAAACAUCAUCUACAUGUACAUGCAACCUGGAAACAGCUCCUCCCAGGACCAGGGAAAGUUCCUCACCCUCUUCUACAACAUUGUCACGCCACUCCUGAACCCCCUGAUCUACACCCUCAGAAACAAGGAGGUGAAGGGGGCCCUGAGGAGGCUGCUGCUGGGUAACAGAGAGGUAGGGAAGGAUUAA